AGAGAGAGAGAGAGAGAGAGAGAGACCUGCGCUCCCUUCUCACUCGUUCACUCUGGAUUUGGAGUGACAGAAUAAAUGUGCAGAGACUUGGAGGAGAGGCUCAGAGUUACUCAGAGUUACUGCGUCUGCACACACACACACACACACACACACACACACAUACACAUACACACAUACACACACUCACACACACACACACACACACACACACACACACACACACACUGUUACAGUUCGACAGCCUCAAUAACACAGACACCUAUACAAUCACACACUGCUACGGAUACACAGACUCAUUAACACACACACACACACACACACACACACACACACACACUCAUGUUGCGGGAGCUGCUGUUGGUGUGUGUGGUGGGCAGCGUGGGUGCAGCCGUGGGCGCGGGUGUGUGUCCCUCCGUGUGCUCGUGUCAACAGGAAGGAGCGCUGCUGAUCACUGACUGCUCCGAACUCGGACUAUCAUCCAUCCCUGAGGAUCUAAACCCCCUUACCUCUUACCUAGAUCUCAGCAUGAACAACAUCAGCGAAAUCCAACCCAAUGCUUUCCACAACCUGCCGUUCCUCACCGAACUGCGUCUCUCUGGGAAUCAGCUCCGACACAUCAGUGGCUCCGCCCUCCAUGGCCUCACCGGUCUCAAAAUCCUGAUGCUGCAGAACAACCAGCUGGAGAGACUGGAGAGUGAAGAUCCAUGGGAACUGCCCAACCUGCUUUCACUACGUCUGGACGCUAACCUCAUCGCAGACGUUCCCACUCAGACGUUUUCAGGCAUGCGGUCUCUACGCCACCUGUGGUUGGAUGACAACGCACUAACUGACAUCCCAGUGAGCGCGCUCAGUGACCUUUCAACCCUGCAGGCCAUGACUCUCGCGCUCAACCGCAUCACACACAUCCCCGACUACGCCUUCAGGAACCUGUCCAACCUCGUUGUGCUGCAUCUUCAUAACAACCUAAUCCAGACUCUGGGAGAGAACUGCUUCGAGGGCCUGCGCAGUCUCGAGACUCUCGAGCUGAACUUCAACACUCUUCAGGAAUUUCCCGUGGCCAUCCGGACGCUGAACAAACUCCAGGAGCUGGGUUUCCACAACAAUAACAUCAGGAUGAUUCCCGAGAGAGCUUUUGUGGGGAACCCGCUGCUGCAGACCAUUCAUUUCUACGAGAAUCCCAUCCAGUUUGUUGGAAGAUCUGCGUUCCAAUUCUUGCCACAGUUACACACUCUAUCUUUGAAUGGCGCCACUGAGAUACGGGAAUUCCCUGACCUGACAGGGACCACAAGCCUGCAAGUGCUCACUCUGACCCGAGCAGGUCUCACCAGUCUGCCACCUGAUCUCUGUCAACAGCUGCCCAAUCUCAGAGUGCUUGAGUUGUCUCAUAAUGCAGUCGAGAAUUUGCCAAGUUUUUACCGCUGUACUUCACUGCAAGAGAUUGGACUGCAGCACAAUCAGAUCAGGCGGAUCGAGCUGAACACCUUUCAGCAGCUCGCAUCCCUUCGAUCGCUUGAUCUGAGUUGGAAUCAGAUUGAGAUGAUCCACCCUGACGCCUUCACCUCUCUCCACUCUCUGCUCAAACUCGAUCUGAGCGAUAACCGGUUAUCCCGAGUCCCCCUGUCCGGCCUGAGCAGUCUUACUCACCUCAAACUGAGAGGAAACACACACCUGUCUCACUCCUUCAGAGAGGAACAGCUGCCCAACAUCAGGGUAAUCGAGAUGCCCUAUGCUUAUCAGUGCUGCGUGUUUGGAGCGUGCAACGGCUACAGAUCCAACGCUCAGUGGGAGGAAACGACGGGCACAGAGGAGGAGGAGCUUCAGAAAAAGGCUCUCGGUCUCGUUCCGAUUCAUUCUGACUAUGAUCCUGAUCUGGAGGAAUUCCAGGCAGCCAUUGAAGAGUCCAAACUCCAAACUAGUGUCCAGUGCACCCCUGUCCCAGGUCCGUUUAAGCCGUGUGACGCGCUGUUCGACAGCUGGUUGGUGCGUUUGGGGAUGUGGAUCGUUUCUCUCGUCUCUCUGCUGGCCAACAUUCUCCUUGUGCUCUCCGUCUUUGCCUCGCCCAGCUACCUCUCGCCUGUUAAGUUCAUCAUCGGCUCCAUCGGCGCCGCUAACCUGCUCACUGGGCUCUGCGUCUGUGUGUUGGCGCUAAUCGACGCUCUGACCUUUGGCGAGUUUGCUUCCUACGGUGCACGCUGGGAAACGGGCGUCGGUUGCGGAGCAACGGGGUUCAUCUCUGUAGCAGCAUCAGAAUCGUCCAUCCUGUUCCUGGUGCUUGCGGCGGUUCAGUGCAGUGUUUCCGUGUCGUUUGGGAAGUCGCCGUCUCAUGGCAGCGUCCGAUGCGCCGCGGCGGUCUGCGUGACGCUUUCGCUGGUCUCUGCAAGCCUGCCUCUGCUGGGGGUGGGGAAAUUUGGAACCACGCCGCUUUGUAUCCCCUCCCCUCUUCCAGAUGCCCCGCCCACCACAUUGGGCUUCAUGGUAGCUCUGAUUAUGAUGAACUCUCUCUGUUUCCUGCUCAUCACGAGCACCUAUAUUAAGCUCUACUGGGAUCUGAUGAAGGGGAACUUCGACAGCGUGUGGGACUGCGCCAUGAUCAAACACGUCGCCUGGCUCAUUUUCACCAACUGCCUGCUUUAUUGCCCUGUCGCGUUCCUCACGUUCGCCUCCCUGCUCUCGCUCAUCCCUGUCAGCGAGGACGUGAUCAAAUCCGUCCUUCUGCUGCUCCUCCCGCUGCCGGCGUGCGUCAACCCGCUGCUUUACCUCCUCUUCAACCCGCAUUUCCGCGAGGAUGCAAAGCUCCUCCUGAACCGAGCUCGCCUGGUGCAGGACCGCGUUCUCGAUUCCUUCGUCUCUGUGGAGAUAGAGAAGAGCUCGUGCGACUCCACCCAGGCACUCGUGCCUUUUUGCUCCGAGGCAGACGCAACGCUCGAGGGCUCUGUGCCACUCGUGCCGUGCCAGCUGCAGAUGACGAAUAAAGAAAAUGCCAAAAAGGAAGAAAACGUCUGGAGCAAAAGGAUGGACACUCCGAGAGGAAGCUCUCACAUCUCUGGAGUUUAUCAGUCUUCACAUCCCGUGUGCCACUCGUAAAUCUCGUCGGACCUUGCUCAGAUAUCAGAACCCUUCCAAUUAGGAGAAAGACAUUUAUCAUGGACAAAAUUCUGUUACUGUUUGAUAACUGAGUAAAUAAAUAUGGACUCAAACUGCUGGACCCAACAGGUUCAUACAAUAGGCAGGUGAAAUAUUUCAAAUCCCACCAUACAUUAAUGGUUUGUACAAAAAUGAAAAGCACACAAUGUCAUCCAAAUGUAGUCGAUCAGCUGACAUGUGUUUGCUGUCUAAUGUUGUCUAAACUAGCAGCUAUAAGUUUGUAUUACUUCUUAGCAAAAUCCACGUCUGCACCACGGCAGCUUGUUUACACCACAUAUUACUCAGAUUUAUCUAGCAAUUGCGACCUAACAUCACAGUGACCCCAUGACAUCACAACUGCGAUUUUUUUAUCAUCUUUUUAGCUCGCCGUUAUAACAUAACGUCGUUUCACUGCGACGCGACGUCACGCAAUUGUGACAGAGUAUCAACCAAUUACGACUUUUCGUAAUCCCAUCAUCGUGACAUAACGUCGCACGAUUCCGACAUAACACCAUGCACUUGCGACUUUUUUUUUUAUCUCGCUAUCGUGCCAUAACAGUCAAUUGUGAUUUUAGGUCUCUCCGCUGCAACAGAAAAUCACAACAUCGUGACAACAUGCAAUAGCUACUUUUUAUCUCGUGAUUACAACAUAACCUCACACAAUUGCAACGUAUCACACAACCGUGACUUUUUACUCUCCAUUGCGAUGCUGACGUGCAGUUGCAACUUAUAUUGUAACUGAGGGCGCACGGUGGCUUAGUGGUUCACCUCACACCUCCAGGGUCGGGGGUUCGAUUCUCACCGUGGCCCUGUGUGUGUGGAGUUUGCAUGUUCUCCCCGUGCUGCGGGGGUUUCCUCCGGGUACUCCGGUUUCCUCCCCCAGUCCAAAGACAUGCACGGUAGGCUGAUUGGCGUGUCUAAAGUGUCCGUAGUGUAUGAAUGGGUGUGUGAGUGUGUAUGUGAUUGUGCCCUGUGAUGGAUUGGCACCCUGUCCAGGGUGUACCCCGCCUCAUGCCCCAUGCUCCCUGGGAUAGGCUCCAGGUUCCCCGUGACCCUGAAGAAAGGAUAAGAUAGAAUAUGUAUAGAAGAUCUAUGGAUCUCGUAACUACGAGGUUUUUUUCCCUCACAAUUGAUUCUCACAACUGCUUCCUUUUCCAAUACCCAAAUCCGAACCACAUUAAAACCCAGCAGUGUGUAAACAAGCCAUAUAUAUGUUGUUGUAGGUUGAUGCAGGUUGGUUAUGGGUAGGAAACAGCCUUAUAACCAUAGCUGGGAGAUAAGCAUAACCUCACGACCGCUAGAUAACAUGUUGUGAGAUAUAUCUGUGUAAUAUGCGAAAACAAGCGUCCAUUCUCCGCUCAUAAAACUCAUCAGAGCCGGAACGGACAUUGUGUACAUUUCAUUUUUGCCUGAACUGUUCCUUUAAUAUUAAUAAUGUGAAAAUGGUUGCUCUAGCCAUCUAUACCUGUUCAUUAGGGGUGUUUUAAAUAAAACACGACUUAUCUAAAAUGAUCAACAGGGAGGCUCCGAUCAGGAUAUUUGGAGCCGAUAUGAUUACUCGUCAUCGUGAUCAGCCGAUCCCGAUCGUUCGAGCUUUAUAUAAGUGACAUGUAAGCUUUCUUAUAGAUUGUUGCUUUAAUUGAGAAUCAAAUAAAUAAGCGCAACAAAUAUUCGUUUUCCAUUACGCCAACAUUUUAAUAGGCCUUUAUAAAAAUGCACGGCAAAUGAGGAUAUUUUUCAUCGUUUCUUGAGACCUAAUAAUUAAUAAUUCCACACCGGCGAUGGCAUGACUGUGGCGCUAAAGUUUAACGCCAUCAUGUGAUUUACAUCCUCAAAUCGCGAUCGGUUCAUGAGAUCAGACAAAUUUACAGGCUACCGAUCGAGUCGUAGAACGUGAUUAUGGGCGAUCGAUCGGAGCAUCCCUAAUGAUAAAUCAAACACGUACUACGUUAAUAAACAUUGUAGUUCAUUAAGCAUCGGCAGGUCUUCGCUCGCCAACUCGCAAAUAAAAACUGUUUUAAAGAUUAAACUGGAAUCUAAAUGUUUAGGGUGCAACAGUCUCACAUUGGACAUAGAUACGCAUUCAGUGGGUUUAGUUGUUUUUAACACGUGUAAAUGUAAUCAGAGAAACAGCCGUGGAUUAGACUGUACUACAGCGCGGGGGUUCUCCUUUUCACAGUUGUAAAGUAGCUAGCUAUUAUGUAUAAAAUAUAAAUAUAACUACCUCUGAACUAGCAUGCUCAUUUCCUUAUUUUUUAAAAAAAAACAUUUUUUUACCCAGAGUGUGUUUUGAGUCUAUUCUUUUUUUUUAUUAUUAUUAUAUAAAUAUAUAAAAUGUAUAUGAAAAAAAAAUAAAAAAUUUAUAUCGACAUUUGAAGCCGCUUAGUUUGCAAUCCAGACAUGCUAUUUUGGAUGUACAUAUUUUCAUAUUUCUGUAAACAUAUGGUGAAAAAUGAUUUAAUAAAGUUUAUUAGUUUCAUACA